AUGUCUGUUUCAGAUCUUCCCUACGCUGCUGAUGCGGAGUUGCCUGUAUCUGUUGAAGAGCUUGGUGUGCUUAAAAGACAGUUUGAAAUUGAAGGAGCCGAAGUCACAACGCAAACGAAAUUUAAUUAUGCUUGGGGUUUAAUUAAAAGUAAAAGGAAACCUGAUCAGAAAUACGGAGUGCAAUUGCUGGCAGAAAUUUUUCAGGAUUCACCUGAGCGCCGUCGCGAAUGUCUUUAUUACCUUGCCUUGGGACAUUUCAAGCUGGGUGAAUACACGAACGCCAAGCAGUUCAAUAAUCAGUUACUCGAAAGGGAGCCCACCAAUUUACAAGCCCAAAGCUUAAAAAAACUGAUAGAGGAUAAGCUCAAUAGAG